UGGUUAGGAGCAGGUGGUGAAGACCUCCAGAACUCUGCUCAUAUGCUUAGCAGGAGUGUACUGGCAAAGAACAAAACACCACCUGGUCGAGAAACUGGAGUUAAUUUAGCUGCUGUUUGUGGGGUCUUUUAGAAUGUGUGUCUGUGUGUCUGUGUGUGUGUGGGUGGGUGUGUGUGUCUCUGAAGCAGUCCACUCACUUGCACCAGCUGUUUAGCCAGUGUGCACGAUUGCUCAAAGUUGUGCUUCAGUAGGAGGGUGUGUGUGCGUGUGCAUGUGUGUAUGUGUGUGCAUGUCAGCCUGUAAGCAUACCACAGUCUUGCGACCACUCUGGGACCGUGGGGGAGAGGAAGAUGCCAGCCAUGCUAAAGUCGGGAUUACCCAAGCCGGUGUGCAGCGCUCUGCCCAUGCUCCAGUCCCCAGGCCAGGGACGGGAGCUCCACUACCCCCCCCUCAUCCUGCUGAAGUCUCCCCUCACUGCAAGACACAGCCUAAGCACCCGUGCGGCGUGGAGGAAGAACCAGCCGGCCACGGCGUCGGCAACAGACCCCCAGAUUUACACGGAGUGGGCAAACCACUACCUGGCAAAGUCAGGCCAUAAGAUCUUGGUGAAGGAUCUUCGACAGGAUAUGGCGGACGGCGUUCUGCUGGCUGAGAUCAUCCAGGUCAUAGCUAAUGAGAAGAUUGCUGAUAUCAACGAUUACCCCCAGAGCCAUUCUGAGAUGAUUGAGAACAUAGAUGCCUGUCUCGGCUUUCUGGCAGCCAAAGGGGUGAAUAUAAAGGGACUCUGUGCUGAGGAGAUCCGCAGUGGCAAUCUGAACACUAUUCUGGGCCUGUUCUUCAACCUGUCUCUCUAUAAACAACAACAACAACAACAGGCUGCAGUGAAGCAGCUCAACCAGGAGGCCACAGCUCUGCAGAGUCCCCAGGCCCAGGGCAGCUCCGGCGCAGCCCAGCCAGAUCACCCGUCUGCUGGGCCCGAUGUCCAGGCCUCCCCCUGUACUCAACACGGCAGCAGGACACCAGGGCCCGCGGCCGUGGCCGAAACGCAGUCCAGACUGCCGGGUCCCUCAUUCCGAGCCUUAGGAACAGCCGCUGAGAGCAGGAGGUUCCAGAGAGUGCACAACAAACGCAGUCAGAGCUUAAACCACAGCGACAAAGCCCGAACCCCAAGAGCAGACUGCGCUCAGGACACAGAUGAAGCGGGUUUAUCUCCUGUAGUGGGGUCUUAUAGUUCUCCUGUUCCUGCACCCAGCUGCACUACUGUAGCUGCCGACUCCACCACCAACACCACCAGCACCAAAGGAUGGAGGAGCAAGUCCCUGAGUGCCAGGCACAGUGCCACCUCCUCCACGCCGUCCGUCAAACACUCCUCCUCCGUCACACUGGUGGCUCCUGCCAAACUCAUUGCCCAGCAGUCCAUGCUAGACAAACUGAAGCUUUUCAACAGCCGACCUGCUGCUCUGGAAGACCCCAAAGCCGCCAUGCACCCAGAUCCUGAUGGAGCAAGUGUCUGUCAUGUUCUUCAUGAUGCCAACCUGGGCAACCAGCAGCCUGUCAGCCUGCGCAGCUCCAGCCCAAAGCUGGCUCUAAAGAGCAUGGCCCACAGGACGCUGGGUAGGGCUCUGGGGCCCACGGUGAGCUCUGGCAAAGCUGCUGAUAACGAUAAAGACAAGCGAAAUGGGAAGGAGAAGGCCAUCAGAUGCUCUUCUGGAACAGACCAAGACCAGGUUCAGGAUGGAAGAGAAGAAGCCAGAAAGUUAGCCAAAGGAUCCAAAAGCAGGAAACAUUCUAAGAAAGAAGGCUCUUUUUCAUCCCAGAGUGGUAUACCAAAACCAGCACAGCUUGGCAAGGGCUCAAGGGUGGUGAAAGCUACAGUGGCACCCCCUUGUGGCAGAGGAAGGGAGCAACCUUGUAGUUUUAGGGCUGGAGGGGUUGUGCCAUUGCAUAACUGUCCGACAGAUAAAAACAGCUCUACCUCCAGUUUAACAUCGUCAGAAGAAAAAGACGGUCAGAACAGAAGUUACAACGUUGCUCAGUCAGUAGACAAUAAUAUAGCCAAUAACGCAGCCAGUGACACAGUCAGCGUGCAGAAACCUCUGCCACAGCUACAGCACAGCCAGCCCAACACAGCCACAGUUACCCCUUUUAUGUACAGAUCACAGACAGACAUGGAGAAGGCUGAGGUGAAGGAGGAUGAAAACGGAAUGAAGGAGAGAUCAGUUCUUCACAACAAACCCAUCCACACAUCACUAGAGAGCCUGGCGGGUGAUGACACAGAGAGCAGGAGACUGAGGUCAGACAAGAACGUUGCUGAUCUGAGACAGAACCUGGAGGAGACCAUGUCCAGCCUGAGACACACGACACAUAUCAGCCACAGCACCCUGGAGACCACCUUUGACAACUGCAUAACCACGGACAUCAGUGGGAGGGGCUUGCUCAACCUUAGUCCCCGCCCUUCUUCGGCUCUGUCAUGGCGACAUGGUUUGUCCAGCCCCCGUCUGCAGGCCGGCGACGCCGCCUUGCUGGGUCGUGGUUAUGGGCAGCGUAAUGCGCACUGCGCUCACCGACACACAAGCUUGACCCCUGCUGACAAGCUCCGCGACCUGGACGUCUCCAACAAAGUGGAGGAGCUGGCGGGUAUUACCACGAAGACUGCAGGGUACAUGGGCAAGCUUGGGAGGACAGACAGCGCCACCAGUGGCUGGGACGACAGCAGUUCAGUCAGCAGUGGCAUCAGUGACGCUCCGGACACAGAUGAUCUCUGCACCAGUGUGUCCAUGAGAUCCUACAUCACAACCCCAUCUGGUCCACGCAGGAACACAGAGGAGCAGCUCCAGACAGACACAGAGAAGCGUACUGCUAUUGAACACAACCCCCUCUGGAACGACGAAGACCUCAGGCGACCGGACGGCUGUUCAGACACCAGUGUCAAGAUGGACGCCGGGUCAAGGUGGUGCCACGCCCCCUCAGUCUUCUCAGACGAAUCAGAAUGCAACUUGACAGGGUGCAAAACAACAUCACAGACGGGCUCCUGGAGGUGGGGCAUGAGUGGUCAGAUGGGCGUGACUAAAGCUCUGACGAACUGCAGCUCACUGAAAGUCCACGGUAAUGGCAAAACAGAUGACGCCAAAGUGUCGGAGAAAGGUCGUAUCUCCCCACGCCCCAACGGCCUCCCCAUCUCUCCCCCACCACGGCAGAUAAACGUCACUGAGGGCAAGAAGCUUCUGUCCAAGAAGCCCUUGAGCAGCUCUGCAACAGUAACCACCAGCGGUGCCGUGGUAACCGGUGGGUCUUCCCCUCUGGGGAAGAUGCCCUUGUCUACUGGCAUCACUGCAACUCGCCUGGUGGGUCGACAGACCAGCGUUGAUGACGGAUACCUUCCCCCGAAUGCCAGGACCACCCUCCAGUACCGGAGCCUCCCACGGCCUAGUCGUGCCAACCGAAGCAUGGGCACUGUCCACGCUGCCAACCGCCCCACCGCUUAUGGAAUAAAUCCUAGCAUUAUCAGCAAGGGCACCACCACCCUGCCCAACCCAAAGAGCCGCAGGUGCCCGACGGGCGCUGCCAACCAGACGGAUAGGGAGAAGGGCGUGCUCUCCGACGCAGAGAUCCCGGCAGCGGGACUGGAACCCGCAGCCAGUGGGGGCACCUUGACGGGUCAGGGUCAGCCUGGCAAACGGACAGGAGCGAAGUACCCAGAUAUGUCGUCCCCAACAAUGUGCAGGUAUGCCCACCUCCCCCAGGGGCGGGACAGUGAGAAUGCACGUGAUUGGUUGCGUUCUCAUUCUGCUGCUGGACUGCAGGACUCAGGAAGCUCUUCCCCAUUUUCACCUGCCGCCAGCCUCAGCUCACCCACUGGCACACGCUUAAAUAUCACCACGACUGGCAGCACCCCCACGGCUAUGCCAAUGAACCUGGCAACCUCGCGUACCUCCAGCGGCCUGGCCAAUCAGGACGGCCCGCAUGACCCGCAUAGCGACUAUCGCCCACGCCAUACAUCAGUGUCCUCAGAGGAGAAGAACCGCGCCAUGAGCAAUUCCGGAUCUUUCCGCGAGGUUCUGGAGGAAGUGCACGGCUCCAGUUUGUCUCUGGUCUCCAGCACGUCUUCAGUCUAUUCCACGCCUGACGAGAAGUCUCAGUCUGAGAUUCGAAAGCUUCGGCGGGAGCUGGAGGCAUCCCAGGAGAAGGUGUCUACCCUCACCAUGCAGCUGAGUGCCAAUGCUCAUCUAGUGGCAGCAUUUGAGCAGAGCUUGGGAAAUAUGUCCAUCAGACUGCAGAGCCUCACUACAACAGCAGAACAAAAGGACACUGAGCUGAAUGAGCUGAGGAAGACCAUUGAUAUGAUGAAGAAGCAGAACUGUAUGACCCAGGCAGCCAGCAGUCGUAUGUUCAUCACCCCAGCACAGCGCAGCACAGACUCCAGCAGUGGGUCUCAGCCCAUGGAGGAGCUGCAGAUUCAGCAGCCAUGCUCCUCAGACAGCAUCGCCACUGUGUCCAACUGCUCGAACGUGGCCGGCGGCCUUGAACACGACGCCAAGAACAGGAAGAAGAGGAGGAAUUGGCUAAGGAGCUCCUUCAAGCAGGCCUUUGGGAAGAAGUCCGUGGUCAGGUCCGCCUCGUCGCACUCAGACGUGGAGGAGGGGACCGACUCCUCCCAGCCUGCCUCGCCCCGACUCCAGUACGGACGCACGCCAGCCUCCGGCCCACUGCUCAGACUCUCGCAGUCCAGCUCACUCCCUGUCCUCUCCUCGCUCCCUGCUUACGGAAGUGGAUGGGGCCGUAACCAUUCUCUAGCCCGGAUCUCAGAGUGUAUGGAUAGCGAUGCAGAAACAGUCAUGCAUUUGCGUAGUGAACUGCGGGAUAAGGACAUGAAGCUCACCGACAUUAGACUGGAGGCCCUAAGCUCCGCCCACCAGCUUGACCAGCUCCGAGAGUCCAUGAGCCGCAUGCAGAUGGAAAUUGAGAAGCUGAAGACUGAGAAUGACCGUCUAAGGAUGGACACCAGGGGGAGCUGUAGUGCAACCACAGCACAGGGACCCCUCACGCCCCCAACACUGGGCCUGCCCCCUCAGAUCAACCUGACUGAGUCCACGAGCCUGGACAUGCUGCUGGAAGACAGUGGGGAUGGUUGCUCGUGGUCAGAGGGAUCCCAUGUUAAGGUGGUGGUCAGUAUGGAGACAGAGCCCAGGAAAGAGGACUGCAGACCACGCCACUUCCUGAUUGGCUGUAUCGGCGUUAGUGGCAAAACCAAGUGGGAGGUGUUAGAUGGCGUAGUCAGGCGCCUGUUCAAGGAGUACAUCACCAAUGUGGACCCAGUGUCACACCUGGACCUGAGCGCAGACAGCGUGCUGGGCUACAGCAUCGGAGACGUCCACCGCACGGGCCCGACACACACCCCCGAGCUCCUGCCCUGUGGCUAUCUGGUGGGGGACAGCGACACCAUCUCUGUCAGGCUGAAAGGCGCGGCAGAGAACAGUCAGGACACGCUGGCCUUCGAGACGCUCAUCCCGAAGGCCGUCCUGCAGCGCUGCGUGUCGCAGCUCCGGGAGCACGGCCGCGUCAUCCUCUCCGGUCCUCCCGGCACUGGCAAGACCUUCCUGGCCGCCAGGCUGGCCGAACACCUGGUCCUGCUAGAAGGGCACUCGCUAGCCGACAGGGCCAUCACCACCUUCAGCAUAGACAACAACUCCAGAAAGGAAGUGAAGCACUACCUGUCUAACCUGACGGAAGCGUGCGGCAGCAGCUCCGGGGCCGGGACCAGGACCCCACCUCGGGUCAUCAUCCUGGACAACCUGCACCACCUCGGCCCUCUGGGAGAUGUUUUCAAUGGCCUACUGAGUUGUAAACAUCACCGCUGCCCUUACGUCAUUGGCACUAUGAAUCGGGUGGCAUCGUCUGCCCCAAAUCUACAUCUGUAUCAUAAUUUCCGGUGGGUGCUGUAUGCUAACCACACUGAGCCAGUGAAGGGCUUCUUGGGACGCUUCCUGCGCCGGAAGCUUCUGGAAACGGAGAUCGGCAGCCGCGUGCGGAAUGGCGAGCUGGUGAAGAUCAUCGAGUGGAUCCCAUGUGUCUGGCAGCAUCUGAACCGCUUCCUGGAGAUGCACAGCUCCUCUGAUGUCACCAUCGGGCCCCGCCUCUUCCUGUCCUGUCCCAUGGAUGUGGAGGGAUCUCAGGUGUGGUUCACAGACCUGUGGAACUACUCCAUCAUCCCCUACCUGCUGGAGGCCGUGCGGGAGGGUCUGCAGCUGUACGGUAGGAAGGCAGCGUGGGAGGACCCAGCAUGCUGGGUAAUGGAGUCUUAUCCGUGGACUCCCAUAUCCCUGCAGCCCUGCUGGUCCUCCCUGCUACAUCUCCGGCCUGAGGACGUGGGCUUCGAUGGCUACGGCCCGGCUCGAGUCCCAGGCCUGGGACAGCAGACCACACAGGACAGCUCAGAGGCCGACCCACUGAUGAAUAUGCUGAUGAGUCUGAAGGAGGCAUCCCAAUGUGCCGGCCCACCAAGCUACGACAGCAACAGUAACCUAGACGACGUCUUAGACCCCUCUUGAAACAAUUGAAGCACAAGUUAUUUACAGAGAGGUCAAUAUGAAUGCCAAGUAAUCUGUUAGGUAUAAUCCCUUAUCAAAACUAAAGAACCUAUGAAAUGGCAAUUGCCAGUGAAGGAACAGAACUGAGGAGUCUACGUUAUAAACUUCAGCUAUGUGAUGACAGACAUUUGAAGCGAACACAGAUUAAAUCUGAGUGUGUUUCACCACAAGCAUCAUAAACUAAGGCUGUGAGGAACCAAUUGUCAUGUCACGCUUUGGUUUAAACUGCUAAAACAUUCCAGUGCCAACAGCAAAACUGUUCCAGUGAGGAUCGCUGUAGUUCUCCGAAAUGGACAGUAGAUGGCGCCAUUAGCGUGUUCCAUGGCCCAGUUCUGCCCAGCUGUGCUCUGUGUCAGUGUGGGAUUCAGUUUUAAUGCAAACCGAAAUGCAGUUGUGUUUUGAAUUUUGCUCACUGACAGUAAUGUUCUUUAUGUUCUUCUUGUGUAUUUAUGAACAUUCUUGUAAAAUGUUUUCUGACUUUGUGUGUGUGUGUGUGUGUGUGUGUUUGCGCGCGGUACUUUCUGUGAGAGUCACUCAUUCUGGGGAAACAUGGUAUUUGGUGCUAAUCCUCCCAGACAGUGCCUUACUGCUAUCGUACCAGCAAACGUAAUCUCAUACGUGGUCAUCGGUUGCAUGGCCUGUGUGUGGCAUCCUUGCUCGUGAGGGCUGUGGUGGGUAGUUGGCCAGGCUUUGGCAUUAUUCUCCUGUGCCCUCGCAGCAGGUCUGGAUAGAUGAAUGCAGAUGUGUUACUCAGAGUGGUGAUGUUUGUAACCCAGCACUACAGGGUACACCUGGAUGUUUGGUGCUCCUUUGUCCAGAAGAUUUGAAUAGUUAUGCGUUGACAUUAAAGGCAAGUAAAGACAGGUUAAUACAGCCUAGUGAUUAGGUUGUGCUGGUGUUAUCAUCUGGUACGGCUGGAAUUGUAGCAGACUGACUUUUCCAGUAUCCUACUGCCUUCUGAGUCUUGAUGUCUGCCCGACCAUGCGCUUUCUCUAAGCCCCUUCUCUGAUCUGAGAACAGCCGGUGGAAACUGUGCCAGGACGGCCAGCUUUCUCUGAUCUGAGUGCGUGAGUAGGUUUUGAGUAUUUGGACUGCAGGUGCAGCAGUAAAGGAACUCCUUUUGUGAGACGUGGUUUUGCAUCACUGCAUGCAGAAGCAUUUUUGAGUGUGCAGGGUUACGCCGACAUACACAGACCCACUCAGUGACACAUACGUGGUAGACCCCGGUGCUCAUGUGGUUAUGAGAGGUUUGGCUUUAAGCAGAGGGCUGGUGUGCACAUGGCACAGGACUGGAGUAUGAUCUCACCAGCUCGUCUCACACAGGACUGGAAUGUGAUCUCACCAGUUCGUCUCACACAGGACUGGAGUAUGAUCUCACCAGCUCGUCUCACACAGGACGAGUGUGAUCUCACCAGCUCGUCUCACACAGGACUGGAGUAUGAUCUCACCAGCUCUUCUCACACAGGACUGGAGUAUGAUCUCACCAGCUCGUCUCACACAGGACGAGUGUGAUCUCACCAGCUCGUCUCACACAGGACUGGAGUAUGAUCUCACCAGCUCGUCUCACACAGGACUGGAGUAUGAUCUCACCAGCUCGUCUCACACAGGACUGGAGUAUGAUCUCACCAGCUCGUCUCACACAGGACGAUUGUGAUCUCACCAGCUCGUCUCACACAGGACUGGAGUGUGAUCUCACCAGCUCGUCUCACACAGGACUGGAGUAUGAUCUCACCAGCUCGUCUCACACAGGACUGGAGUAUGAUCUCACUAGCUCGUCUCUCACACUGGAAAUGAUGUCCUUGAUGUUUCUUUGUUUGGACCACACUUUGUUCAAUCAUGAAGAUUCUUCGGGUUCUCACUUUCAUGUUACAUUUUAUUAAAACAUGUUGAGACUUUCCCAGCGGUUCUGUAGAAUAAAAUGACACUAUGCAGUAACUCUUCUUGAUUUAUUGCAUUGUAUCCAUAUCUUUUAUCUGUUGUGGCGACAGAUGUUCCUGAGCAAAUGUUUUGUGUCGCCCUUUUAAGUUUCUUAAAUCAUAUUUUAACUAAAUUAUUUAGAUAAGAAUUAGAAGAAGAUUAGAUGACAAUACUGUCAGAAUGCUUGCAAAGGCUUUGCAAGGCAUUGCAAUGCUAAUUCUUGAGGAAUUAAUGUUUUUUGUUUUUCUAUAUUUUCACUUGUACUUCGUGUUUUUACAUACUCUUGUUUUCUAACAGCUCUGUAAGGAAAAUGGAAUAAAGGAUUCAUGUCCAGCUGUGUUUCCUGCCACCUGUAGAGUUGGUUCAGUAUUAUAUUUUCAAUAUGUAACUCCUUUUAGAAUAAAUGUGACAGCCUGAUGUCAAACCGA